GGAGCAGCGUCCUUUGCCGCCCUCCUCCUCCUCCCUCUGUGGGGAAAACUGAGGAAAAGCAACGGGAGGACCCAGAGGAGGAAUCCUGACAUAUUAGGACUUUUCGGACACUUUGUUUGUUUUGUAUCACAAAUUAAAUGUGCCUCGACGGGACGAUAUCCCGCGCGUGCUUGGUGGUAAAUGUGAGGAGCAGUCGGACCGGAAGCUUGACGAACUGAAGUUAGCCCGCUGCAGCUAACUUAGCUAACAGCUAACAAGAAAAGACAGAGACACGAGUCGUGCGGAGGGAAAUGUAACUCGUAAUGUUUCCUCCCGGGAUUAACUUCAGGGGCGGAUGAGAAAGGAAUAGUCGAGCGAACAGCGAGCCGGACGAGCGCUGCCAUGCGGGGGUUGAGUCGCUGCCCUGGCCGCCUGUCCGAGUCCCCGGGCUGGCCGCGCUCUGUGCCAUGGCGCCUGGGGGGCUUGUUGUUCCUGCUGCUGCUGGGGGGCGCCGACUGCCUCGCCAGCCCCGGCAGCUCCUCGGCCAACAACAGCCCCAGUGUCAACAUCUACAUGAGCGUGGAGGAGGUGAAGAAGCUUUUAGGCCUGGAUGCAGAACUCUACUAUGUACGAGACGAUGUGGUGAAUCAUUAUGCUCUGUCUUUCAACAUACCUGUGCCCACUGAAACCAACAGCCUUUACUUUAUGUGGUAUUCCAGGUCAAAGGUUGACUACCGCCUUGCGUUCUACCUGGAGAACCCUGUUGCCCUGAGUCCUCCACGGAGCAACAUCUCUAAUCAGGGAGAGGUCCCUCGUGUUUCCUCUGUCUUUAGAGUGGACAUCGUCUGCUCAGGCAAAGUGGAUGAAGAGGCAUUUUUAACGAUGCAACUCAAUCUGACCAGUCACGCCAACAACUACACAGUGCUCAACUUCAAGAGGAGGAAAAUGUGCUACAAAAGAAUAGAUUCUGACCCAAAGAUACCCGUUCCCUUCAACAAUAACACCGUUCUGCCGACAGGCUUUAAUGGCGUGCCCACCCCAACCACCUCCACCCAGGUGUUCUACAUCAGUGUGAGCGUCUGCUGCAUUGUCAUCUUUCUCAUUGCCAUUAUCCUGGCCAUCCUUCACCUGCACAGUGUCAAGAGAGUAGAGACGGAGGACAGUGUGAGUGACAGUGGGAGCUCACAGGGCCUGUCUCAGCCGUCCACUCAGACCACGCAGUACCUGAGGGCUGAUACUCCAAACAACGCAGCUUCUGUCACCAACAAUCACCCUGGUUCUGCACCCAUUCUCCAGCUUGCUGCCUCCUCCUUCCAAAACCCAGGUGCUCCCCCUCAUGAAAACAAAAGUUACCCAUCUCUUCGAAUAGAGAAGAAUGACCUGAGGAGUGUGACUUUAACAGAGGCAAAAGCAAAAGUGAAAGACAUCGCAAUCUCGAGGGACAGAGUAACACUCCGAGAUGUUUUACAUGAAGGCACAUUUGGCCGCAUCUUCCAUGGAGUGCUGCUGGAUGAAAAAGACCCUACGAAGGAGAAGCAGGUCUUUGUGAAGACGGUGAAAGAUCAUGCCUCCGAGGUGCAGGUGACCAUGAUGCUGACUGAAAGUUGCAAGCUGAGGGGUCUUCAUCACAGGCCGUCUCUCAACAGGACCUCGUUUACAUGGCCAUCCAAAUUGCUUGUGGAAUGAGCUACCUGGCUCGCAGGGAGGUCAUCCACAAAGAUCUCGCCACUCGGAACUGUGUCAUUGACGACAACAUGCAGGUGAAGAUUACAGACAAUGCCCUCGCUCGAGAUCUGUUUCCUAUGGACUACCACUGUCUGGGGGAUAACGAGAACCGUUCCGUCCGCUGGAUGGCCCUGGAAAGCUUGCUCAACAACGACUUCUCCAGUGCAAGUGAUGUGUGGGCCUUUGGAGUGACAUUGUGGGAACUCAUGACUUUGGGGCAGACCCCCUACGUCGACGUCGACCCUUUUGAGAUGUCUGCUUACCUGAAGGACGGUUACAGAAUAGCACAGCCCAUCAACUGCCCAGAUGAGCUGUUCGCAGUGAUGGCGUGCUGCUGGGCCCUGGACCCGGAGGAGAGGCCAAAGUUUCAGCAGCUGGUUCAGUGUCUCACAGAGUUCCACGCUGCGUUGGGCGCCUACGUGUAAAAACAGAAGAACCCUGACGGCUGGUGGACGUUGGGAAACGUGCCUUAUCAGAUGCAUGAGCAGGCCUGAGGGCUCUUGUACAUUUUACGCUUGACUUGAUGUUUAAUUACUUUUUACAGCAUAGCAAAGCAAAAAGAUUCCUUGUUUUAUGUUUUUCUUUUUUGCUUUGAAAGCAUCUUUUCUUCUCGAGGACCAGAGCGAUGGACCGAGUCCUCCUUUGUACAACUCGUCAACUUGUUACGGACAUUAACGUUUCUUUGCAGUGACAGUUUUCUACUGUUUGAUGGUGAAGCAGCGUGAACUCUAGAUUUAUUUUGGAUAACGGUUAAAUUCCUCAGAAUGAUUCAGGUACCUUGUCGAGCUUGGUACGAGAGAGAAAGCAGACUUGUUUUUGUCGUGGUGGUCGUGAGACGCCCUCGGAUGGUACAGUAUUUCCUCUGGAUAAUUUUCUUUUUCCUGCAGUCUGAUUGUGCCAACUCUCUGCAGGGACGUUCUGUGAGGUUUGAUGUCCACUAAUGCAUCAAAGCUGCCAGUUUAAACCAGCUUCUUGUUUCAUGUCUGGUUUGAACUCAAGAAACGGACAUUUUUUAAUAUUUUUUGUACAUAUCACAUCCAUUGUUCCUCCCCACAUAGUUUUGUAUGUUUUUAUAAGCUUGUUUAGAUCAGAACACGAGACUUCUGACCCGUUUUUAACAGCUAUUCCACUAAAAUCACUGUGAAAACACCAGCUGGGUCUGAUCGUGUUCUUCCACCUGUACCAUGUUUGACUCGUGGUUUUAUGGUCACUGCAUGUCAGGCUGUAAACACCUUCCCACGUUCAUAUCCUCACAUUAUCUUUGAAUACUUGU